UCUGUUCAAACUAUCAUUAAGUCAGGAGAAUUUUAACAGAAGUUGCUGUUUAAUUAGUCUGGUGUUGCCUUAUUUAACAAUGGGCUCCAGAUACUGCUUAAGAGUUCUCUUUGCCUUGUUUCCUGCUUGUGUAACCUGUUUGGGGAAUUAUGAAGGGAGCAUGCCAACUGCUAAUGUGCAAAAAGCCAGUAGUUUCCCAGUGAAUGUCCCUGAGGUGGGAAGUCAGAAUGACCCUGCCUACAGUUCUGCCCAUGGAAGUUAUAUUUCUCAUAAAGGGAGAUUAGUUCCAGGCUCGAAUAUAAAAUCUUGUCAGACUCCAGUUGAAAGAAACAAUCAAGAAAAUAUGGUUGACUUUAAUCCUUCCGCUUCUGUUCCAAAAUAUGACUUGUCAGGUUUUGGACAACCCUCUGUUCAUUAUGGCUCUCGUACAGCAACUGAUGCCUUCAAAAAUGUCCAGCCUAGUGGCCGACUUGCUUCUACUUCAUAUCAGGGUGGGUCCACCUUAAUGAGAACUCAACCUCCGCUCUUAAAACCCUGGAAUACUGGAACAUCUGGAUCUCAGCAUGGUUUAUCUAAGUGGAGACAAAGUACUAACAAAGUCCAGACAGCCAGUAGCAGUUAUGGCCCAUUCCAGAGGGGAACACCUUUGUAUUCAAGUAUAAAUCCAAGAAAACUCUCUGGUAGUGAAGUCAAGUCUUCAGUUGUUAGCUUGGGGCCAAUCUUUAUAGCUCAGGAUAGAGGAAGUGCUCAAGGUCAUGAGGCCAGUCAGACCUCUACAGAUUUGACUGCCAAUAAUCAGGGCAAGUCAUGGAAUGAACCUCUUCAUUACUCAAUGAGAGGUCCUGAGCUGAGGAAACCUUCCCAAAAUACCUGUAGAGACAAUGUUGAUAGAUCUUCACUUAGCAGCUCUGGUGAGGUACUUCGAAACAAGUUACCACCUCGCUCCAAAUUCCAGCAGACCUACAAUUUCAAUGGUCAGCCUAGUCAAAACUACAAUCCCACGUACCCCUCUCAAAGUUGGACUCGAUAUGAUGUGGCAAAGUCCUCAAUUGCCAGUUCUGGAGCUAUCAGGAUAAUGCAGGGUACAAGUACACCAGAAUCCAAUAAACCCAAAGUUAACCCUAGCUUUUCCUUCUCUUCUGUAACUGGGACCUCACACAAACCAAACUCUAGGCUUUCAAAGCCUUCUAGAAGUGAAUUUGGAUUCAGUGCCUCUAACCCCAAUAUUGCUGGAGCUAAUAAGAUCAAUACAGUCCAUGUUCGCCCUAAUAAACCACCCACAAGCAGCUUUGGUACUUCUCAGAACCGAGGGGCUUCUGGUGGUGUUUGUAGGGGUUCUUUCCAAAGUUCCCCUCCAUGUUCUGUGGGCCAGAGGCAAGAUCAAAAUGUACACACACCUAUUGGUUCAUCUCCUCAAUAUUUUGGUUCCAAAGAAGUCAAGAGCCAAUUCACUGCCUCUCAAGGAAAUCCAGAUUACGCUCGGCAUAUUAAUGCCCCUCCACGUGAGUUUGGCCAAGGUCCCGUCCGACGGAUUCUUCCUGUACUUCCCAGCAACUACAGACAAGCUCAACAAAACCAGCCUCAAGUUAACAGGCUAGAUUCCACCGCUCCUAAAUGUGAGGGGACCCAAAACAGCCCUGCGGGUCUUGGUCAACAGGGCAGGAUGUAAACCCCUCCAUCUAGAGGCAGUUCUUUACAUCUGCCAUAAAUCUUGAUUAGGUGUGUGUUGGGGAGACUGUCGGUCAUCAUGCUCUGGUCUCUGCAAGGACUAUAGGAUGCUCUGACUGAUCCAGUGCGUUGCUGUUCAGUGAUCAUAGAAACUGUGGACACAAGAAACUGUCUUGGCAAUUUAUGACUCUUGAUUCACCACCUGUGAGGACUGUACAUUUCAUAUUAAAGACUUUAAACCCACAA